ACCAUGUUACCUUUAUACAGGGUGUGGUUCUGAUAUAAAUAAACUAUUUUCCACCCAGAGAACACUUGUUGUCGACCUAUUUAGCAACAUGUUUGUAAAACUGGUGACGUUAGCUCUUUGCCUUACCUCAGCUUGGGCAGUCUACAACGGCCCAUUGGCUGGUGGGCUUCCAGCUGACCUUUAUCCUGCUGGUGUUUCCCCACAAGCUUGCCCCAACUUCCCCAAUUGUGCCAAUCCAGCUGUAGCCGUCAGCUCCGGCGCUCCUCAAAACAACUGGGGUGCGCCUCAACCACAACCCGCAUGGAAUCAGGCUCCUCAACCCCAAUGGAACGCUCCUCAACCUCAAUGGAACGCGCCUCAACCUCAAUGGAACAACUAUAAUCCCCAACCUGUUCCUCAAUGGAACCCAUCCGGCCAAAACGCUUUGGACAAAGGUGGAUACACUGGGGAUGGGGAUUAUCACGGUGAAGGAUUGGCGGAAGCUCUGGCACCGGGCUAUGAAAAUGCUGGAGGAUGGAACAAGUGGAAUAAUGAUAACCAAGCUCCCGCUUGGAACCAGGCUCCCGCAUGGAACGCAGGCCCUCCAGCUGGUCUUCCCAAUGGAGCAGGUGCUCGUAUUCCUGCUGGAGUUGAUCCCAAUGCUUGUCCAAACUAUCCCUUCUGCGGUGGCCAUUAAAACAUCAAAAUUCUUAGUAUUGUGAUGAUUUAAGUGCAAGCACCAGCUGACAACAUGUUGCAAAAAUGCUCGAGUAUAUUUAAGAACAAAAUAUGAAAUGUUCUGCGUCGAUUGUUGCCUUCUAUGCUAUAUCUUCUAUUUUCUUGCUUUCGUCUAUUACUUCCUAUAAGAUCUCCGGCUUACAUCUAAGUCUUCUGCAGGCUGCGAACGACGCAUAUCUUAAAUCCUAAUCCCUGUAGUUCAUGAAUUGCCAAACUAAGUAAUUUUUUAAUAGAUUGUAAGCAAUAUACGCGGCGUUGUAUUGUAAUAAGUGCGAGUGUAGCAAAUUGUGAAUAAAGGCUAUUUAUUUUAAAUCCUA